CAUCAGAAUGCGAUUAUUUACAAAAACCAUAAGAAACAUGGAGGAAAGCCGCAAAGUUUUGGAUUAAAGAAAUACAUUUAUUUUCAUUUUCACCGUUAAAAUGUCACAGAAAUCAAUCGAGGACACUAUCACAGAUGUCGUGAGAGAUAUUUUGCGAGGAGAGGCUGUAGAAGAAGCGCUUUGUUCAGUAAUUUUACAUUCAGAGGAAUCUGCACAAUGGAAAAAAGAUCAUUGCUUCAACAGCCUCAAAACUGCUCUGGCCAGUGUACCCCAGGAGAGCCUGGACAUCGCGCUAAAGUGUUAUAUUGCACAGAUUUACAGCGUGAAGAACGCCAGCCGAGUAGACCUCCUGCUGGAUCUGUUAGAGGCUUUGGUGGAGAACAGCAUAGUCCCUGCUAAGCCAAUAUGUGAUGCCUUAUUGAGCCAUGAACUCCUCCAGUACAAGGCUAGUCUGAUGUGGACCAAGACGUUUCAGCUGAUGAGGAAAAUAAUAGGGGGCGUGGACUACAAGGGAUGUAGAGAUUUGCUUCGUGGCAUUUUGGAAAAAUGUCAAGGUAUUAAGGAGGAUGAGAAUGUGUCGGUCAUGCCAGACAUUGACACAGCAGUUAAUUUAGUGGCCCACAUCCUGGAUCGGAAUGUCUGUCUGUUACCAGCAUACCUAGCAGUGAAUGAAAUCAAUAAAGUCUGCCCUGAGGACAAAAAGUGGCCACACUGGAAGAUGGGGUCCAUCUUGGCUGACUUUGUGCACAGCUUUCGUCCCGCCGCUCAGAUGGUCACAGUUUCUGGGCGUUCCCAUCUUCUGCCAGUGGUGGGCCAUUCGAAUGCCAUCUCCACCAGCAACGUGUGGCGACUCAGCUCCAACUGUCUCAAGUUUCCCCUCAAUGGGCCCCUUCCUUAUGACAAGGAACUGUCGGAGCCCCAGACAGGGUUGUUACGAUACGUUCUAGAACAGCCGUACUCACGGGACAUGGUCUGUAACAUGCUUGGCCUCAAUAAACAGGUGAAGCAGAGAUGUGAAGUCUUGGAGGAGCAGCUGGUUGAUCUGGUUGUCAUGGCAAUGGAAAGGUCGGAGAAAGAUGAUGCUACCAAUGAUGAAUGUUUGAGUCAGUUGCUAUGGCAACAUUUAUCCAGCCAGGUCAUCUAUUUUGUGCUGUUCCAGUUUGCCAGUUUUCCUCAUAUGGUUAUGUCUCUGUAUGAGAAGCUGAAGGGACGGAAUCUGAACAAAGGUCGGGAUCACUUGAUGUGGGUGUUACUACAGUUCAUAUCAGGCAGCAUUCAGAAAAAUCCAUUAAAAGAGUUUCUGCCUGUGAUGAAGCUGUAUGAUCUGUUGUACCCGGACAAGGGGACCAUCACAAUGCCGGACGUGAUGAAGGCUCAGUCCACACAUGGAGUGGCAGCCACAUGCAUCUGGAUCCAUCUCAACAAGAAAGCCCAGACAGACACUAUCAAACUGCCCCGCCCCAUUCCUCACGCUCUACAGGAACACUGCGAGUUUUUGAAACAGAGUUUGAGCAAUAAGAACCUGUCACUGACGGAUUAUAAGAUUGCCCUCCUGUGUAAUGCUUACAGCACAAACAAUGAUUACUUUAACUUACCCAUGGGUAAACUGGUGGAGAGUAUCUAUGGUGACAAUAAACACACGACCCUGUUGCCUGGCAACAUUGUGGCCUCUGCCCCGACCCAGCCCCUGGCUAUGAGUCUAUUGGAUUCCCUGACAGUUCAUGCCAAAAUGAGCUUGAUUCACAGUAUAGUCCAUCGUGUGAUUAAGCAGGCCAAGUCGAAGGCGACGAUAGCACAAUCACCUGCUCUGAUAGAGACUUACAGCAGACUACUGGUGUACAUGGAGAUAGAAUCUCUGGGGAUCAAAGGAUUCAUAAGUCAGUUACUGCCCACUGUGUUUACUCAUAAUGCCUGGGGGAUUCUGCACACUCUCCUGGAAAUGUUCAGCUACCGUCUUCAUCACACACAACCACAUUACCGGAUACAGCUUCUGAGCCAUUUACAUCACCUCAGUCAGUCAGCUCAAACCAACCAGAACCAACUACAGCUGUGCAUGGAGAGCACAGCCCUGAGGUUGAUUACUGGACUAGGAAGCUUUGAGGUACAGCCACAGCUAUCCAGGAUAUUUAAUGAGCCAGGACGUCCAGGGUUCUUGUCUAACGAGUCCGAAGAACUCAACAGGGCACUUAUUCUCACGGUGGCCAGAGCCAUGCAUGUUACAGGUGUAGACAGUUUUUCAUCCACCUGGCUGAGGGAGAUUCUGAAUCAAAUCAUGACUAACACCCCCCACAACUGGUCCCCAAACACCCUGGCCAAUUUCCCCACAAGUCUGGCCGAGUUCUUCCACGCCCAGCCUCAGCAUCGAGACGACAAAAACACACUGAAACGAAAUGUGGACGCAGAGUACAAAAAGUGGAAAACCAUGGCCAAUGAGAAUGACAUCAUUGCUCAUUUCUCUAUGCAGGGAUCUUCUACUGUUUUUCUGUGCAUUAUAUGGAAGACCUUGUUGGAGGAAAAUCGAGUGCCAUCAAUUGCGUAUAAGGUUUUGGAUCGCCUGGGCCCCCGAGCAGUUUCAGCUCACCUCAGAACAUUUGCAGAUUAUAUCGUUUCGGAACUCAAUCUGAAUUCUGCUGGAGGACAACAUUUUCACAAAGCCAUUGAUUCCCUGAAUGAGAUGGUUUGGCGAUACAACAUUGUCACCAUAGAUCGCCUGAUUCUAUGCCUGGCUUUGAGGAAUGUCGAUGAAGACGCUCGUCUGUGUUAUCUCCUGAUUCACAUGUUGCUGCUGAAACCGCAGGACUUCAAAUCCAGAGUUCAGGAGUUUGUGAAGGAGAAUUCUCCUGAACAUUGGCUCCAAAGCAACUGGCAUGACAAGCACAUGGCUUUCCACAGAAAAUACCCAGAAAAGUUUUACUUUGAGGGAAUCCAGGAUUUAAGCAGUCCCAUUCAACACCAAUAUCUUCCCGUUUAUUUUGGAAAUGUUUGCCUGCGAUUUUUACCAGUACUGGACAUACUGCUCCACAGAAUCCUAGAACAGCCUUCACUAACAACCAGUAACCUCAACCUGUUUGAGAAAAUUCUGGAGAGUUUAGGUGUCCUCUACAAAUUUCAUGAUCACCCCAUUACCUACCUGUACAACACACUACACUACUAUCACAAGAUCUUGGUCCAGAGAGCUGCAUACAAACGAAGACUGGUCACCACCAUAUGGAAUGCCCACCAGGAGAUUAGACCCAACACUUGGUUUCUAACAGAAGACUACCAGAGAUUCUCACACGAGGAGAGUCUGGAGUGGACGCCAGAUCUGGAUUACUAUGUCCGGAUCAUAGGCAGGCUAGUGGACACUAUUGGUGGAAAGAGCCCCUUCCCGAACUGUGACUGGAGAUUUAAUGAGUUUCCGGGACCAGCAGCACAUGCUCUAUAUGUGACCUGUGUGGAGCUGAUGUCACUUCCUGUUCCAGGCAAUGUGGUGGGGAAUGCCUUACUGGAUGUAGUGAUGAAGAGUUCCACUCUGUUACAGAGAGACAAAGUCACAUCAUGGAUGAAUGCUGUAGGACUAGUACUUACAGCUCUUCCUGAGACCUACUGGAUUUCCCUGAACAAUAAGAUAGGGGAGACAAUCUGUAGCUCCCCUCUGACCAUACAGGGGGGAUGUCAGCCAUUCCAAGUGUUCAACUUCACCACCAGUCAGACAGUGUUCGCAGAGCAACACAUGACCUACUUACUGGCUCUGUCACAUGCUGUGUGGCAUCACUCGGGAAUCGGGCAGCUAUCUCAGCUCAAUAUAUUUCUGAGGGAUCACCUGAAGCCUGUGGUGAAGACCGAGGAGCAGUUCCUGUAUGUCUGUCACCUGGUGGGUCCAUUUUUACAGCGACUCCACUCGGAGAGAACGAGGAGUCUUAUGGAGUUGGUUGUGGAGCUGUAUGAAAUUCUGGUCAAUGUGGAUAAGUCAUGUGAUCACCUGCGAUACCUUGACCCAAUUACAGAUUUUUUAUACCACAUUAAGUACAUGUUUGUUGGGGACAGUGUUAAGCAUGAAAUUGAGAAGAUCAGCCGAAAUUUCCGACAGAUGCUGUCUUUGAGACUGAGGUUCAUCUCCCACAUCAAUCUGGAGGAGGCCAUGACACCACUGGCUCCACCCAUGUCGACCUGACAUCUCUCACUCUACCAAAGUCAACGUGAUGGACGCAAAACUCUCUGACUUUUUUAAAAAGUCACAAAAAUGAAGGCUGUAGGGUGCAAUGUGCAAAUCAGGACAAAGCUCGAGAUACAUGUACAUUUGUACACAAAAAGCUGUAUUUCAUAUUCAGACACAAGGUUUUAACAAGGCACUAGAUGCAAUUUGCAGAGACCAACAUUACCUAAACAGAUUUUGUCUUGUCAGUGAUAGCCGAGUUUGACCUGGAUGUUCAUGUACCAUAAUGAACCAAGACCCCCCCCCCCCCCCCCCCCCCCCCCCUGUGAAGGACGUGAACACGGAGGAAGAGGUUACUGAUACACUGUACUGUUGAUUUGAUAUAUUGAACAAACUCAUACAAUAAGCUGGAUGUAAAUUAUGUGUAUUCUACGUUUGUGUAUGUAUGGGGCUUUUACUGUAUACUAUAUGGUCUGAAAUAAAGUGGAUUAUUGGUAUUUUGUACCGAAAAAUACAGGAACA